AUGUCUAUCGACGGCAUCCCGUGGCUGCCAGGUUUUUGGAGGCGAAUACCAUGGAGAACCGUGGGCGCACUGGUCGGGUUUUUUGUGACUUGUGGGAUGAUGGGCUUGGUUCUCAUCUUAUCCGAAGGCAAAGAAACCAACUCUUGGCCCACACACAACAAAUACAUUACCGUUCCUGUGCUUCUGUCACUGUUAGUUGGCGUUGCUGUUCUCUUCUUGGCAGUUGCAAACUCUGAAGGGCUUGCCAUCUCGUGGUGGCUCAAAGCUCUCAAAGGGACGAAACUCAAGGAGCUUCAGUACGAUCUUGAAGUCACUAGCAACUUGCUAGUUGGCGUCUUUAGGCCGUCUCUCUUUAACCUAGUCACUCUUUCGGCCAUUAUGGCCCUUAUCGUGAGCGUCGGCACCAGUGCCAUCAUGCAGAGAUCUUCGACCACCAUAAGCAAAUCCAUUGGACCUUACCCGACCAAUAUUGAUGUACCCGUCUUAAAUACAACUUUACCGGCGAAUUUCAGUGGAUGGGCGGGUAGUGGAUCACAAAUAUCAUUGCUGAUGCCAACUUUUGCGAGCGUAUAUAAGGAGUAUUCUAAUCGCAGCAGCAUCAUGAUACCAUCUGGCUGCGGCAACAGUACUUGCCAGCUGCAUAUAACAGGUCCGGGUUUCGAUGUCGACUGUACGGACGAUGCUGUCAACUACGACUUUGGCCAGUUAGCAUCUGCGGCACCAGUUCACCAGAUUACGACGUUUCAAACCGUCAUCAACUUCGAGUCAAAACAAGAUCCAAAUUCUCUUAGUCACAUGAAUAUGUCGGUGCUGUAUAAGCCUUCCCCUACAUGCUCUGGGAAAUUGACGAAGCACCACUGUGUUCUUCGAGCGGCCGCUGUGGACUACGCCGUUACAAUCACUAAUGGUACUGCUACACUUGCUCCCUGGGACAUCUCUCAAAACACUACCAUACGCAUCCACAAUUUCACUAACUGGAUGCAACUCGGCUGGGGAAGUCUUGGGGCUGGAGGUUUUAUCACAUCGCUUGGAGGAAUCGCUUCUGCAUUACAAGCUCAAUACAACUCUAAUGCAACUCUUGUAUUAUCGGUGAUGACAAGCAAUCCAUUCCUGGUAUCUGCGUUUGGGCAGGCAGCCAGUACAUAUUCGACAUCUACAUUCGAUGAUUAUGGCAAUUGUACUAUGACCUGGUCAGAUCCUAGAGAGGAUAUCAUUAACAGUGUUCGGGAGAUCAUGUUCCGCAGCGCCCUUGCCGUUGCAAACUCGACCAGCGAGCCUAUCCAGUUUAAGCAGACGAAUGCCCAGAUGACAAGGGUUGGGAUAGUAUAUGCUACCAACUGGACAUUCUAUGGCGUCGCUGUUGGGGUCAUGUUCCUGGAAGCACUUAUUACCCUCGUCCUCAUUUGGGGCUGGGAGAAACUCGGCAGAGAGGUUUCGCGCGACCCAUUCGAGAUUGCAAAAGCUAUGGGCGCACCUCUUCUAAACCAUGGAUCGUCCAACACGUCAGCCCCCCAGAUCCUGGAUGCCCUUGGAAGCAAGAGGGUGCGAUAUGGAGAGCUGGUUGAUGUAGCGACGGGAAUUUCGCAGGAGUCGGCGGUGCCAAAGCGUGGAUACAACUUGGUGGAAAGUCAAGAUCCGGACCUUAUGAUGGAAUAUAUCUCACCUCAACAAACACAGAUGAGUUUGAACAGAAAGAGAACUCUGGGCAUUGCCGUGCCAGAGCAAGUUCAGCCUGUACAGCCGGGAGUACAUUACUGA